CACGCCGGCGCUUCAUCCGCGCGGAACUCUUGUCUACGCCAAUGUUUUCCACAGCGACAGAUAUCUGAGUAACUCCUUCCGUUCCGACUACAGCCUGCGCACAGACACAAAGCUAACAGCACUGAGUAACGUUACUGUUUCAGGAACCCAAUAUUUACUUUCCUCACAUUUGACUUUAGAAACACAGAUAAUUGAAGAUGACCGAUCGUUACAACAUCCACAGUCAGUUGGAGCAUCUGCAAUCGAAGUACAUCGGCACAGGCCACGCAGACACCAGCAAAUGGGAAUGGCUGGUUAACCAGCACAGAGACUCAUACUGCUCCUACAUGGGCCAUUUCGACCUUCUUAAUUACUUCGCUGUCGCUGAGAACGAGAGCAAGGCUCGGGUCCGCUUUAACCUGAUGGAGAAGAUGCUGCAGCCGUGUGGUCCACCAGCUGACAAACCUGACGAUGCUUAGGGCCGUGACUCGGUCCCCACAGCUGGAUGUUUUCUGUUCAUUCAGUGCUGGGAGAUCAAAUAUAGAGACCCUGGACACAUGAGGGAAGCUUUGAAUCCUCUUGUUUGUGAACCAGUUAAUGUUCUCUUUUUUUAUGCUUCUUUUUUUGUGAUAUUUUGUAUAGAUUGUUGAACUUCAAGUGUGUUUAAAGAAAAGAAAAUUGAUACCCAAUCACUAA